GAUGCCAUCCGGAUGAUGAUCACUCAGGCCAGGAGACAUCUGGAGGAGCUGCAGAAAACUCUGGCCUUGGCUCGAAGUUAGAAACGGAGCGAGUCCAGUCUCUGAUUCAUUUAUUUUAUUUUUUUAACUCCAACCCAGAAGGAGACGUGGAGAGAGGUGGGCCGCUCUCUGCUGGGAGGAGGUCCCUGAUUGGACCACAGCUGCUGGGUCUCACAUGUUAAUGGUGACUGUACAGUUAACUGGACUCCUCUGCAUCGUUAGAAGUGAAUAAACAACACAAAAUCACAA